AUGUGUUUCUGAAAUUCUAGCAACAUCAUCAAAUUCAAUUGAACAUGGCUGUAAAGAAAAAAACUAUGUCUCUUGAUGCUACUAUUAAGCCUAACGAUGAUCGUGUUAAUGCGAAACGCGGCCUUUUUCGUCGAUGUUUUUCGCAUGUCGAGAUUGUAAAGAUAGAACCAGGAACUAAGUCAUUGAAGGAAUUGGAUUCCUUCAAGCUCAAGGCAGAGAUCAGGAGAUGGGCUAAGGCUGUUGUUGCGUAUGCUCGUCAAGUUAGCAAUCGAUUCGGUAACUCGAGAAAAUGAAGUGAUCGAAUCGGAACCACUCGAGAGCUAGAAGAGCCGUGAUUGUUACGAUAAUUUCAUUUCAUGAAGAAAUGAUUUCGUUCUUUUGUAUUUUUGUUAUUUAUGUAAAAUAAUUGGUAAAUGUACAUAGAGAUUUCUUUGGUUUCUUGAA